UUGUAGGGCCCACGGAGAGGUGAGAAAGAAUAUUCCGAAAGAUGCUAUAAAAUAAUCAGCUCAUCACACACUCACUCGCCGCAUAUUUCAACUGAUUAUCACCGUCGAAACGAUGAGCACUCAGAUAUCGGAGAUCGAGCAAGAGCAGCUGCUUGAGAAGCUCGAGAUCUUCAAGAUCCAUGGCAGAGACAAACGACGACGUAAGAUCCUUCGGAUCAUCGGCAAGUUCUUUCCAGCUCGGUUUCUCUCACUGGAUGUGUUGAAGAAGUAUCUUGAGGAGAAGAUCUUCCCUCGUUUAGGGAGAAAACCUUUCUCCAUUCUCUACGUCCACACCGGCGUACAGAGGAGCGAGAAUUUCCCCGGAAUCUCAGCUCUACGAGCGAUCUACGACGCGAUUCCGGUGAACGUAAGAGACAAUCUCCAGGAGGUUUACUUCCUCCACCCAGGCCUUCAGUCGCGUCUCUUCCUCGCAACUUGCGGACGAUUCCUAUUCUCCGGCGGGUUGUACGGGAAGCUAAGGUACAUAAGCAGAGUUGACUACUUGUGGGAACACGUGAGGAGGAACGAGAUAGAGAUGCCGGAGUUUGUGUACGACCACGACGACGAUCUGGAGUUCCGUCCGAUGAUGGAUUACGGUCAAGAGAGCGAUCACGCUCGAGUUUACGCUGAAGCCACAGUAGAUUCGCCGGUCUCGAGUUUCUCCAUGAGGUGUAUCUCUUAGCGCGCAGAUCACGGAUCGUGUAUUAUUAUUAUAAACAAUAUAAUAUACGAUUUUGAAAUAUAAAAAUAUUACAAAUAGAUGUGCUUUUCGAUGUCAGUGAGCCCUUUUCACGGAAAAGAAUAGACAGCUGUUGUCGUUUGGAUAAGGAGAGUUUGAGAAUCUGUA